AUGGCUUGUGAGGGCCCGCACAUCACCUGGGGGCGCGCCAACACCAAAACCGCCUACUUCGAGGACGCGGGCACCACCAACGUGACGGCGGUAGUGGGACAGCGUGCCGUUCUGCCCUGCCAAGUGGUCAACCUCGACAAGAGAGACGUGUCGUGGAUCAGGCAGCGUGACCUCCACAUCCUAACGGUCGGGAUCUACACCUACACCAGCGACGACAGGUUCAGGGUGUACCAUCCGGAGGGCAGCAAUGAUUGGUACCUGGAGGUGAACCCCGUGACCUUCCGAGACGCAGGUGUGUACGAAUGCCAGGUAUCCACGAGCCCGAAGAUACACCUGCCUGUGCUGCUGUCCGUGGAAGUCCAGCAGGCGCGGAUCGAGGGCCCGGAGGAGGUGUUCAUCCAGAGCGGGUCCACCAUCAAGCUCUCCUGCCUCGUUAACACCCACUCGGAUAACGUGGGCACCGUCACCUGGUUUCGGAACGCACAGGAGCUUGAUUACGACUCGCCCAGGGGCGGCGUGAGUAUCGAAAUUGAGAAGACGCCGCUCCGCACCACCUCCAAGCUCUUCCUGACGAGGGCGACGAAGGCGGACUCGGGGAACUACACGUGCGCUCCGAAGUUCGCCGACGCCGCCUCCCUGAUGGUGCACGUCGUCAACGGUGAGGAGUCCGCGGCCGUUCAUACAGCAGGUGGGGGGGAGCUGAGGCCUGACCUGGGGCUGUUGCUGACGACUCUAAUGCUGUUUGCUGUUACCCUGUGGUCUCCCAAGCGCCGGUGACCUCCCUUCCCCCCAGGGUGAGCAAUUAGCGUGGAGGGAGACACCUGGAGAUACCUGUUCAUCUCCACGACUACUACUACUACUACUACUACUACUACUACCACUACUUCUGCCUCUCCUCCUCCUCACUACUACUACUACUACUACUACUACUACUACUACUACUACUACCACUAUUUCUGCCUCUCCUCCUCCUCACUACUACUACUACUACUACUACUACUUCACCAUUUAGUGCCUUAUUUAUAUAAACUCUGGAAAUAAUAUUAAUGUGUAUCUACCUAGUAACACACACACACACACACACACACACACACACACACACACACACACACACACACACAUACAUACAUACAGACAUACCCACACUUGUAAAUUGAAACAUAGAACACAUAAACAAAGAUAAAGAGAGAGAAAGAAAGGAAGAGAGAAAGAGAGAGAAGAAAAAAUACUCAGACACAAACCUUCUCUUUAUAUGUUAUUAUGAUACUGUAGAAAAAAAAUAUAAUAUCCACAAGAAUAAUUAAAUGUAUAUAGAAAAAAAAUAUUGUAGAGAAAACCACAAACCUCAUAUCUGUCUUUAUGAAGGUGAUAAUUAUGUCGAGUGAAAGUAAUUAAGAAAAGGUUAAUAACAGGUAAGAAAAAUGAACAGGUGAGUGAAGUGAAUUAAAGAAAAAACAAGAGGAAAAUGAAAGUUGUUUGUCACCUCGUCGUGGAAACAAACAAACAAACUCACUUCACUUGUUUUGGUUUACUGGUUGGCUGGUUGGUUGACUGGUUGGCUGGUUGGCUGAG